AUGGACAUAAUGGACUUACUGAUGGAGAAUCCCAUUGAUGUCCAACUCCGGGAAUGCCUCAGACUUGCUGGAGCCCUUAGGGCUCGGGAUAUAGCAAACUCCAUACCUUCCACACCUAUUAGUAAUCCUCCAGUACCACAAGUCACUGUCAAUGUCCACAACAAUCUUCCAAACCCUGUCGCCGAGAAAGAGGACUGGAUCAGGUAUUUUCGGUUUCAGAAGAAGCGGGACUCACCAAGUGACACCCGCAAUGCGCUUCUAGUUGUGGCUGCGCUGAUAGCCACUGUCACCUUCCAAGCAGGAGUAAAUCCUCCUGCCGGUUUUGUUGCGGAGAAAUCCCAGCCAAAC